AUGGAUAGUACUAAUUGUGUGAUUUGUACUGGAGUGAUAAAAGAAGGCGAAAAAAGGGCUACUCUGGGAGACAGAGGAGCAUGUACAAUCAACGAGUUUGCCGUAAAGCGCAAGGGUGGAAUCCAAGUGUCUGGUGGAAUGACUGUUCAUGAGAGGUGCAGAAUUGAUUUCUGUAAUAGACAACAGAUGGAGCGUGUACAAAAAUGUGUAGAUCUGGAACAAGAUUGUCCACGUCCACCUAAACGACGCUCACAGGGUGUAUUUGACUUUCAAAAUCAAUGUUUUUUAUGUACAACUUCCAUCGAUACCAAGACAAAGAAAGAUCAGUUGUGUUUAGUACGAAGUUUUCAUUCCAGAGGAUGA